AUGAAUAGUGGCAAAACUUACACUUACUUUUCUACCCUUCCUCAAAUCCUUCCUACACGUUACGACUACGUCAUGAAGGCGGAUGAUGAUGUGUAUUUGAGGCUAGCACCAUUAGCAACAUCUCUCCAACCAUUACCUAGAGUUGAUUUAUAUUAUGGUUUUGUUAUACCUUGCCCUAGCAUGAACGCGUUCGUGCAUUACAUGUCCGGAAUGGGAUUUAUUUUAUCGUGGGAUCUGGUGGAAUGGAUUGGAAGAUCGAAUAUUCCUGCGAAUAAUACUUAUGGUCCUGAAGAUAAGUUGGUUGGUCAAUGGCUAAAUUUGGGAAAUAAAGCAAAAAAUAGGUUUUCUAACAAGCCAAGAAUGUAUGAUUAUCCAGGAACUAAUGGAAGAUGUUCACAUGAGCUUAUACCAGAUACAAUUGCUGUUCAUAGGCUGAAAAAAUGGGAGCAAUGGGUAGAUGUUUUAAGAUUUUUCAAUGUAACUAAACAACUUCAACCUUCUGAUCUUUAUAGUAUAUCAUUUGAUUAA